AUGGACGCACCCAACCCCGUCAUAGCUGUCAAAUUCAUCAACAAAGAGCACGCCCUAAAACAUGGCCGCCUCUCAGAAAAACACAUCAAGAUGGAGGUCGCCAUCCACAAGCACCUCGGCAAGCACGCACACAUCAUCCAGUGUCUUGCCAACGGUGAAGACCACUACUGGCAUUGGAUCGCCAUGGAACUCGCCGAUGGCGGCGAUCUUUUCGACAAAAUCGAGGCGGAUGAGGGUGUGGGCGAGGACGUCGCUCACGUGUAUUUUCAUCAACUGAUCGAUGCAUUGGGGUAUAUGCAUUCAAAAGGUAUUGCACACCGGGACAUCAAACCAGAGAACGUGCUGUUGAGCGCUGAUGGAGAUCUGAAGAUCGCGGAUUUUGGGCUGGCGGCACUUUUCGAGAAGGAUGGGGUGAAGAGGUUGUGUAAUACCGUCUGUGGGAGUCCGCCGUAUAUCGCGCCUGAGAUCGUCAGCGGACGCCGGAGCAAGAGGAAGGAUAUUUUGGAUGUUGGUUAUCAGGCGAAUAUCUGCGAUAUCUGGAGUUGUGGCGUCGUACUAUUCGUGCUGCUGGUGGGUAACACCCCGUGGGAAGAGCCGACGAUGCGGAGCGAUGAGUUUAGACAGUAUGUGGAGACGGAAGGGAGGACAAAGGACGAGCUCUGGGACAAAAUUCCAUCAGAUUUGCUCUCGCUGCUGAGGGGUAUGCUCAAGCUGAAUCCUGAUGAGAGGAUGAAGCUCGACGAGAUACGCACACACCCCUGGUACACGCGGAAGAACCCAUUCCUUGCAUCAAACGGGAGGACCACCAAUCAGAUCGGCUUGGCUUCGCAGAUGCUCUCCCAACUACACAUCGGCGUCGACCGCCCGCCAGUGCGGUCUCAGCGCGGCUUCUCACAAGAUCCAGACGCCAUGGACAUCGACUCAGACCCGCAUCGCUCACGUGCCAACCCAGCGAAUAUCAACGGUCUCUCGUCCACACAGCCAGAGACCCCAUUAGCAGAUACGCCAUUCGACUGGGAGCGUCCAGCGCGCACAUAUUCUCAGGACGGCGUACCAGCAUCACAACCCAAUAUGUGCAAUCAAGCACCUGCUUCAAGCAUGAUUGGCGGCCCAUCAUAUCUCUCCCAGCUCUCGCCUUCAACCCAAGACAUCCUCUCGCAGGACCCCUCAAUGUCGCAAUUCCACCCCACACCAUCCAUACCUAUGACGCUCACCCAAAUGGCGCGCAAAUUCGGCGACAUCAUGCCCUCGUACUCGCUUUCGCGCUUCCUCUCUCCGCUCGCUGUAUCCCUACUCGUUCCUCUCCUCAUCGAAGCGCUGCACCGCCUCGGCGUUCCCGCUGCCCCUAUCUCCGAUGAACACCUAGUAGAGAUAAACCGCGCAGGGAAGGCGAGUGUGCGCGUGAAAAUGGCGGAUGGUCGACGGCAGGGCCUUAAUGGGCAUAUUGUUGUGGAAAGGGUGACCAUAAUGGGGGAAAAGGUAAGUGAGGUGAGGUUUGUGAAAGCCAGUGGGGAUCCAUUGGAGUGGAGGAGGUUCUUUAAGAACGUGGUGAGGUGCGUUGGGGAUGCUGUGCUGAGACCUGAUUAG